AUGACAAAAAAUGUCAGCGUAAUGAGAGCAGCACAGGCAAAUAUUCUCCGAGCAAUCGAUCACCAGUUCGAUGCGGUCGAAGAAUUACGAGGAAAGACCGUCGAUGAAGGUCUCCAAGGAAUUGCAGUGCAAAAACAACUGUUUCGAGAUAUAUUUGAGGAACGUCAACUUGGUAAUAAAUUACAAUUUGGACACAUUUGUGAAAAUCCGAUUGAAUGGGAGCAAAGAUUCGAAGAGAAGGAUUUUUCAAAAAAUCGUCAUCGAGGAAAGGUUAAGUGGGCAAAUGUAGAUGGCACCUAUGGCGAACACUAUUGGGAUAUAAAUCAUAAAUAAAUUAUAACAGCUGCUAUCCUCUAGCAUAUUCUACAAAUUUAAUUUUUCAAUGUUUGUCCAUUCGAUAAUAUCUCUGAAAUUGCAUCAGAAUUAAAAGGAACAGCUAGAACCAGCGUUACACCGAAAACAAGAAUUAACUCUUUCUAGAGGGCGCUUUUUGUCGCUUAAUAAUCUCACGUUUAAUACUAAAAAUACAUCAUUUAUCUUUAAUUAAUAAAA